AUGACUGGCAACGACAAACCAAUCUUCCUAUUUGUCCCCGGCGCAUGGCAUCAGCCCGAAGCGUUUGACGGGAUCAGAGCACUCAUGGCCAAACGAGGUCUGCAAACCGCAGUGGUAGCCCUCCCUUCCGUCGGCGCCGAACCUCCCACCAAGGGCUUGCACGAUGACAUUGACCAUGUGCGCGCGACUAUCACGCACCUGGCAGACGAUGGCAGACAGGUCGUCGUGGUUGCGCACUCGUAUGGCGGGAUGGCGCGAUCAGAUUCAGGCCAGAAAGGAGGCGUCAUCAUGCUGGUCUACAUGACUGCCUUUGUUGCGCCGAAGGGGUCGACGCUGCUGGACAUGCUGGGGGGAGAAUGGCUUCCGUGGAUGAAAUUCGACGUGAGUUAA